UGUGACGCCAGUCUACAUCCUUUGAUGCUUUAAUUCUCGUUGUGUCACAGUUUCAGUUGGGUAUUCACACUUGAAGCACGCGUGACCAAUUGCAUUUCAUUCAUUUUGUCGAAAUUGCAUGCUUGUGUCAGAAAAAUGGACCAGAAAAUUCGUGUAUGGCUAAAAGAAUUGGCUACAAAUGUGUUGCAGACACUGGACAGUGCUGAGGACGGGAAUAGAAACAGUCGUUGUGGUUGUCUAAAAAUAUUGAACGACGUUUCAAAAAAAUUGCGUGAAGCCGUGAAUGCAUUUCCAGAUGAAAAAGAAAUUGAAUCAUCUCAAGAGAGUCAAUCUACUCAACAAUCGGCAUCAACGUUGGGUGUAUCUGGAAUAUUAACUGGAACUGGUCACCAAUCACGAUCUCGCACAACAAAAUCUUCAAGCGAUGCAAAUGCUACAGUGGCGACAACUCGACCGAAAAGGAAAUGUACACCAAAUCCGAAGUAUGCAAAUGAAUAUCCGUACGUGAAACUACAACGUUUGGAUUUAAAAAAAUUGACAGUAUACCAGCGUCGAAAAUCGUUCGAUGUUCUUCCAGCAAAAACUAAACAACCAAAUUCGAUCGAAGAUGUGGCAAAAAGUGGGCCGGAUUCUCAAAUUAGAAAUAAUAUCAAAAAACGACGCAGAACAAUUGCAUUGGAUCGACCAAACGUUGAUGGUGAAAACACAAAAGUCGAGCACAUUAAUGUCGAGCGAAAACAAAGUGUUAUGAAAAACACAAAUCCAAAUAUUUACUACACAAACAAUUUGUAUCAAACAUUAUGUGUUUUCUGUGACAAUAAGGCAAAGAAUAUGGUGUCGCAUUAUGUAAAACACCAUCCAAAUCAUGAAGUGGCCAUUGCACGCCCAUCGCCAUCCAUGGCAAAUUCGAUUCGUGCUCAAAGUCAACGCUUUGAUAGCUUUCGUAGUAAAAUAAGUGGCAUUUGCUUCUUCUGCGAAGAGAUAAAAACGCUAACAAAAUCUUCUUGGAUUAAUCACAUUUUGACGCACACCGGCGAAUCACUGUUUCACUGCACCAGCUGUAAAGCCGUACUUAAAGAUCGGAGUGACUUCCAUUCGAACUGCAACCAACGAAAUUUAAUCACAAUUUUUGAAUUGAAUGACUCACCGGAGGGCGCAUUAACCGCUUUUAUGUGCAAGGAAUGCAAUUACUUGCAAAUCAAUCAAAACCAACUGACUGAGCACUUGCGAAACCAACACGGCUUCAGUAAAAAAGAAUCUAUAAAAUAUUUCGAAAGAAUCACAUUGAUUCCAAACAUGAAUCCAAUACGGGAAAUCUUUGAAUACGAAUUCCUGGAUAAUGAUACGCUGUGUAAGUGUAACAUAUGUAAUGUGCAGUUGGCCAAUCUUGAUGAAUUUCAAGUCCAUUUCGACAGGGAACACACCCAAUUAGAAACUCCAAUUGAUGCAUACACAUGCCCUUGUGGCCAAGUCAAGAAGCUACAUGGAACCAGUAUAUUACGUGCACUCGGACAUAUGUAUAAGCAUUCCGAAAAUGUAUUCAAGUGUCUGAGUUGUAAGGACAACGUUGACAACAUAUAUUACUUUGAAAGAGGUAUAUUGCAUCAUCUUGCACACCAACACCUGAAGGACGAAUGGAAAUUCCAGUAUUUGCAUCGAGAAGCUGGAACACAAACGGUCUUCAUCGAAACUACCUUCAAUAAAUUCAUUUGUAAUUGUUGUAACACGGAGUUUAAACAAGUACGAAAUGCGCUCAAACAUUUCCAAGAGCUGCAUCCAACACAACUUAUUGAUUUUAGAGCGGUUGUGGUAAAAAAGAGUUCCCGAUUCGCCCAUAAAUUGAGUGAUUUUCAGACGAGCUCCAUGGCCACCAAUGACUACAUCUUUCGUCAAAGUUUUCUUUGUACAUCAUGCGAUUACGUUGGCACCAGCAAAGAAAAACUUUUGACCCAUAACAAUGAAGCACAUACAUCAACGAUGCUUGAAUUAAAGCUUGGCGCCCCGAUGCUAAUUCAUUUGAAUACACAUCCAGAUGAAUGUGAAAAAUUGAAUGAGAUAUUCGAUCGUUUAUUGCUUUAUUCAUGCUACUGGUGUUACAACGGCAAUCAAACUUUCAUCGGCUCAACGGUGGAAGAAGUUCAUGAUCAUUGGUUGUCUGAACACAGCGAGCAACCAGAAGAAAAAUUUCGUUUUUAUACAGAACCUUUGGUUAAAUGUUAUUACUGUGAGGUUAUUACUACAUACAAAGGUAUGCAAGAACAUUUCGAGAAAAAACACAAAUCAAGCAACAUUCACUUUGUCAAUGUGAAUGUUAACGACAAGUGCCCGAUGUGUGAUCAUGUAUGCGACAAUCUACCGGAACACAUUGAUACCAAACACAACGCAAUACUGAAAUUGGACAUGUUCAACGUGAAUCGGUUUGCAACAGAGGAAAUUAAGCGUUUGUUGGCAAUUGAUGUGUAUAAAAAACAACAGUGUAAUCAUUGUGGCGAAAUAUUUGAACGGGAAAAAGAAUGCCGAUUUCAUAAUGAGAAAAAACAUUCGGAAGAAGCGGUCAGCAUGCGUGGUGUCUUCGAUAAUGAACAAAAAGGACUGAUUUCUGCCUGUUGCGAUGAUUUCAUAAGUCCAUUGAAUUUCUUUAAUCAUUUGAAUGAACAUAAUUUUGAAUUUUUAUGUCACAAUUGCAAUCUUAAAUUUGAACAAUUGGAAACGGUAGCACAACACGAUUUGGUCAUACACAAGUCACACACAUUGCAUAUUCGCCGUUCAAGUCUCAGCCGAACACUUCGCAAUAUGUUUUAUCGUACCAAAAUGUGUUAUGGCAACGGACUAGUGCUCUACAAACAAAAUGUGCGUGGCACAGAUUACGAUGAUACAAUCACAUUUGAGCGUUUUCUUCUAGAAAAAAUUGAUGAACACACCAAAAAAUACAACGCGUUGACCGCAGACAGCAGUUAUUCCAAUUAUGAAUAAUUGCAAAAAUAACAAAACAUUUUCAUUUCUUUUGUUAGCUAUAAAAUCCAUGUCAUUUCGUAACUUUUUUUUGUAUUAGAUAUUGUUUCUCACACAGACACUUACAUUACAAACAAUGUACUUCACAUAGACACCCAAUUAAAAUUGCUUCAUUUUAGGUGAAUUAAAUAUUUACAUUCGAA